AUGAAAAUAUUAGCUUUAUUUGUGUUACAUAAAGAAGGUGAUAAAAAUGUAAGAAUACUUCAAAAUGAAUUUAAUCUGGAUAGUUUUGGUUAUUUCGAACGUCGGGGUGUUCAACCAUUGCUUGUCUUUUCAGCAAGAACAGUUACUGAACGUACAGCUUUAGAUACAAGACAAUCUGUUGAAGCUGAUCAGAAUGUUAAUGCUAUGGUUCAUGUUUAUGUUCGUCGUGAUGGUUUAGCAUCAGUUCUUGUUGCUGAUAGCGAAUAUCCACAAAGAGUUGCACAUACUCUUCUUAGUAAAGUUAUGGAUGAUUUUACUGCUAUGUAUCCACCUUCUUCAUGGGGAAGUAUGGGCGAACAAACAGGUAAAAUGGUAUCACUCGGUGAAACACUAAAGAAAUAUCAGAAUCCAUCAGAAGCUGAUCCGUUAAUGCGUUUACAAAAAGAUCUUGAUGAUACAAAAGAUAUUCUUAAAAGUACAUUGGUUAAUGUUCUUGAACGUGGCGAAAAAAUCGAUGAUUUAGUUGCACGAUCAAAUGAUUUAAGUUUCGAGGCAAAAGCCUUUUAUACGACGGCAAGAAAAACGAAUCGAUGUUGUACAUUAUUCUAA